AUGGCUCUCGCGGCUGAUCUGAGUACGCUUAUCGAUGCCUUGAUCACUUCCGUUGCCAAGAUAUCACCGGACCAGAAGGGGUCUGUGCGUGUUCAAAAUCUGAAGCGUCGUGUACAAGGUGGUCUCCGAACUGGUUCUCAUACGCGCACCGACCAGUUUGCAGUUACCAAGCAACUCGAGGGACUACAGGAAAAGUUUCAAAUCUUGAAUAGAGAUGAACUUGCUGAAGCUCUUCACAUCCGUCUUGCGGAGCUGGAGAGCAAUCGGACGUCCUGGCACCCAGAGAUCCUGAGUCUCUUACUGCAGCUCUCAGAUCGCCCCGCUCUUUUGUCUACGGUCAAACGUCCAACGGAAGGGGCCAAGGCACCAGAAGCAAAAGAGACCCUUUCUUGGUCGGACCUUAAUGCAGAAGGGACGGCAUUCAGCGACGAAGAAAUUUGGGAACAGGUCGACUUUGCUGGCGACUCAUCAGAUGACGACUUUUCAUCCGUUGCCAGUGAUGUAUCUCUUCCAAAGCCCAGGCCUCAAUCCGCCACAACAGUGGAUGAAGGGUACACCAUUCCAGAUGACUUUUUUGUUUCGCCAGAGGAUGGGGAUCUUGUUGCCUCUCUAGAAAAGGCUCAAUUUUGGAGAGCGGAAAACCACCCUUCGUUGCCCCAGGGAGAAGCAGCCACCUCGCGACUUAUCACGGAAUCUCAACUUGCUAGAGAGACCAUCUUUAUGCUUCAGGGCCUUCCGACGUCCAUUUAUGUACGUUUGGAUGAUGAUUUCGGAGUGGAUCGAAGAUACGCACUCGCACAUUCAUCCAGUGAAGCUCUAGCAUCGCUUUUGCAGUGUUUCAUCGAGAUAGGCGCCAAACUCAACGAUAUACGAUGUUUUACCAAGCUCCCACAGACAAUUCCAUACAUGCAGACGUUUUGCCGGGCCUUAGAAGUCCGUCUCCUUGAAUUUGAUAGAGUCUUAUCUCAAGUUCAGUGCAAAUACCUUUCUGCCGGGUCAACUGUCAGUCUCAUCCAGCUUCUUGUUGACGUUCGUCAAAACUCUCACGAGCUAGUAUUACUCUCAGAAAUGAUCACCAAGCUAGCUGAUAACUCGACUGAUCAACCAAUGUGCUGCCUUGAUUCGUUAUACGAUUUAGUAUGCAUGCUAGAGGCCCUUGGCGACGAAAGUACGUCCCAAAGCCUAGCGGAGCUAUUCUUUAUGUGUUUCAAAACAUAUUCAAGCUCGAUCCGACUCUGGAUGGAAACGGGUCAGGUCGAUGCUUCGGACAGCACUUUCUUCGUGCGAUCCAAUCGCGAGAAUGAGAACAAGGAUCUACGAACUCUUUGGCAUGACUGGUUUGUGCUUGAUACGGGAUAUAGGCAGCAGAGGAUCCCUCAGUUCCUCGAACCUGGUGUCCAGAAAGUUUUUACAGCGGGGAAGAGCAUGGUAUUUCUGCGCUAUCUGAAUGCGCCACCAGAUAUUGAGGCCAUGAGAUUCGAGGAUCUCUAUUCCCAGGAUCCUUCACUAUUACAUGUACUUCCUUUCCCCGCGUUAGUAGAGUCUGCAUUUGAAAAGCUCGUGGAUGUGGAUCAUUCACUCAGUGCUAGUUUAUUACGAACCGAACUCGACCAACAAUGCGGAUUAUGGACCUCGCUUGAUGCUCUUCAGCAUGUCUACCUCGCCAAAGACAUGAGCGCCGUCAGCAUUGUUGAUGCCAAAAUAUUUGAGCUGAUCGAUCGGGGUCGUUCCUGGGAUGAUAGGUUCCUGCUCACUGAGAUAUCGAGGACGGCCUUCAGUUCAGUAUCUGUCAUUGACACCUCAAGAAUCCUUAUGCGGCCAGCUAGUACUCCAUCGCGGGUCUCUCAAAAUCGAACUGUGAGGAUUCUGGAAGCAAUUUCAAUUGAUUAUGGCCUCCCAUGGCCUAUUGCGAAUAUAAUCACCGAGGACGCAAUACACACUUACCAACGGAUCUCGACCUUUCUGAUGCAAAUCAGACGCGCUAAACAUGCCAUCGUGAAACAGCGUAUUCGCGACGCCCGCAUCACCACACCCGACGACAAUGACACAUUGGUGCACGCUCUACAUCAUAACAUGCUCUGGGUCCUCGAUUUCAUCUACGGCCAUCUGACCUAUCUCGUGAUAUCCACCGCAACCCAAUCUCUACACAAAGAUUUAUCUAGCGCAAAAGAUGUUGAUGCCAUGAUAGCUGCCCAUCAAUCCUACAUGUCUUCUUUGGAAGCGCAGUGCCUCCUCUGCAAAAAUUUAUCACAUAUUCAUGACGCAAUCAUCGAUUUUCUCGAUCUGUGUGUUCAUUUCGCAGAUCUACAGGCUGCGCACUUGCUCGGGGACGAACAACAACAUCUGGAGAGUCUUAUCGCGCCGCGCACAAAGAGAGACUCUGAAGACGAGUUCGACUCCGAUGAUGAUGAUGAGGACUACGACGAUAUGAACCACGAACACACACUCACAGUCUCAUUUCGCGACUCGACCUACAGCCAGCAGAUGAAAACAGUCAACAACAACUUCAACCAUCUAACCGCCUUUGUCACGGAUGGCUUGAAAAGUCUAGCCCGUGCAGAUGACGGGCUUCAAAGUUGGGAUAUUCUUGCUGACAGGCUCGAAUGGAGGCAGAAUUGGCGUAGGCAUUGA